AAGCGAGGUCGGGAAAAGAAUUGCUCUGCAGCGGCGCGAGGUGGGGGGAGGAGGUGGGGAGAGAGAGCAGGGAGGCAAGGGAUCUCGAGCAGACGGUGCGAGAGGAAGGAGAGUGACAGUUGGGAGGGCGGAGAGAGAAGGAUACGGGCAGAUUGGGAGCAGUUGGCGAGUCGCCGUCGGCCGCCACCACCUCCACCACCCCCCUGCUGCGUGCUGCGGCUGUGCUCGUCUUCUUUUAAAGCGGCCCGCAGAGCUCGCCUGGCGCGAGAGGGCGCACUUCUUCGUCUCGCCAAAGCUGCACACACUGGGCGGCGAGCUGAUCCCUCUCCUCUCCGUCCGUCGCGGUGGAGAGGGCUAGGUUUGUUCAGGUACCUAGCAAAAAAAAUCUCUUCUUUUUUGUUUUCCUGUUUCGUCGCCGCCGCAAGUGACGACGAUGCUGUUUGCGAGGGAUGAAGCAGAUUAGAUUUGUCCCCGGGGUUUUGCCGGAUCGAUCUCGUGUCGAGAAUAUUUUUUCCUCUUUUGGGAUUUUUGGCUGCUUCUUUUGAUUCUUUCUGUUGGGGCGGGAUGCGGCAAGAGUGUUAUUGCGGUUAUUCUCGGUGAUUGGUGAUCUUCUUGGUGGUAUAUUUGGAUGCUUCCCUCUCACGCAAGCGUGUUUGGAGCGAGCUUUGAGGCUUUUUUUUUCUGGGCUUCAGCACGGCAGAUAGCUUUGAGCUUUGAGUAGUUGCUAUUCUGCCGUCGCCACCGCACUUUCGCUGGUGAAUCGCAAGUGAUUGUUUUCAUGCUUCAGGGCACCGAAUAUUGGCUGGUGGUCCGCGGCAAGGCAAAGAUGUCGGUAGCAAAGAAGGAAGAGGUUUGCAGUCAUCGGCUCGGGCCGCGAUUGGAUGAACCGGCAGUCGGUGUGCCCAUUAAGAAAAGGCCAGUUUUGCCCUCUGAUAGAUUGGUUCCGUCAGGAAGGCUGCCCUUGAUGAGACCGUUGUCUCCGACAGAGGCGAUAGCCGUUUCAGCUGCAGAGGCAGGCUGCAGCAAGGACACUUUCUUGAACAGAUCUGUAUCAGGAGAAAGCCAUGUCAAAGGUAAUGGGAUGUUUAGUCCUCAGGAUCAAAGCUAUGCCAAGAGGUCAUUCAUUCAAUCUUUGACUGAGAAAAAAGGGUCGUCACUUGAUGGUUCAGGUGACAUCCCUUCUCGCAUAGAGAGUGGUACAAGUAGUGUUGGUCACAGCGACGAAACUCAGAGUCAGAAGUUUUUGAGUUUGGGAUUGCAGUCAGUGUCUCCUCGGAAUGGCAAGAUCAGUCCUAGUUCCAUUGUCAAGGAAGAGGGAGUAGAUCAGGGUCUUUCUGGCUUCCCAUCAGCAGAUGUUCACAAGGAUGUUGGAGCAACAAGUGAACCCAAAUCAUCUUCUGACAGUAGCUUUGGUCGACUACCAAAUUUGGAUCUGAAUCUACCAUUGGAUCCUCAUGAUCCUGCUGAAAGCUUGCCUAUAGUGCAGGAUUGCGGUAAUAGACUCUACCAUGAAACUCUUCAGCAUCAGAAAGCACAUGUUCCCCUAGUGGCCCCAGUUUCUACAGCGAGCAAUGGACUGCGUCAAAACAUUGACAGUACUCUGAACCUUUCCAAUGCGUGCGGACUUUCUAAUAAGCAUGGGGCAGCUGAUGUUACCUUAGACUUGCAGCUUAAACCACCAGCUAGACCUGAGCUAGGCAUAAACUGGAAAGAACUUGCUCCUGUUCCAGGACUAAGUCUCUCUCUAUCUGGUAAACAUGUAGAUGAGUCUGAGAACAAUGCUGGACUAAAUCUCUCUCUAUCUGAUAAGCACAUUAUUGAGUCUGAGAACAAUGCUCCUAAUGUUGCAGUUAGAUCUGAAUCUGCUGAAAGUACCAAAAAGGUCACCACAGAGGUUGGUGUACCAAGGACACAUAAAUCACCAGUUGACGAGGUUGUCAAACUAGUGCCCAGCAAUGAAAACCCUCAUAAAAGUAUAUCAUCAACCGUGGCUGGAAUGGAGAGGAUAGCAGCUGGUUCUUUGGUAAAGAAAGAGCCUGAAGAACAGUCCCAACGACAUAUUCCGAAUGAUAAAGAAAAAGCACAACUAUUAGAAUCACCAAGUGUUGUACUAGCUAACAAUUGCGCACAGAUUGAAAAAACUGACAGUGCACGCAAAGUUUCUGGAAAAGCUGCCCUGGAUUUGAAUUCUGGGAUCUUUCCUAAUGUAGCAACUGCUAGUGUUUCACUACCAACUGAAAGGUUGCUUGAUGCCACCCGCAUUGAGACCAUGCAUGCUGACCGUGAAGUUAAGAAAUCUAUCAAGAGUGAGGAAACCACCACUGUGAUUCCAAGUCCCACAACUACAACUGCAUCAAUGAGUAGUCAGCGUUCACCAUUGAUGACCAAAAGGCCCUUGCCUUUGAGAGGCUGUGGUGCCAGCCGUACUGGAUUAUGUGUAUCAGCCAGCCAGCCCUUAUUGCCUACUGAACGUGCAUCCUGUAAUCCUGGUGAGGCUAGCGUUGAUUGCAAACCAACAACCAGUCAUGUGAAUUAUCGCAAUGCUGUUGAAGCUUGUGGUCCAUUGCAAAGCUCCUCGAGCCAUAGCGCUGAACCAUUGAUUUCCAAUUCUCGGAAUCGAUUUGCGUUUGAUGGUAUGUCACAAGGGAGUGCUGAAAUGGACUGUUCAGAAGAUGAUGAUAAUAUUGUUUCACAUCGAUUUACUACCGAUAAACCUCAUGGAGGAACACUAGGGAGCAAUCAAACCUCUGAUGAUGGUACUGGUGCCAAGAUGGGCACAAAUAUACAGAAGGGACAUGACAGUGAUACACGCCAGGACUGUUCAUUUGUGACAAAUAAGAUUGACAUGCAGGGUGUUAGUGAUGACAAAUGUGUUGAUUUUAAAGAUGGAGUUUCCUCUCAUUCAUAUCAGGACAGGCAUCAAAGUGUUGAUGUUGUCAAUGAGGAGCCCAAAAAUAAACAAUUAUUGCGAUCCGAUAGGAAUACUCCAGUGAAUGACAAUGACAAUACCAUACGUGUUAAGACCAUCACAGGAUCCAGUACAGCAGAUCUCCGAAGGCUGUCAUCUCUGGAUACAUCCACUUCCCCUAAAACCAAAUCUACCACAGAUUCUUGUAAGGAAUCAAGUAGCUGCCUUGAGAAGGGUAAAACUCCUAAAAUAAAGUCAAAAGGGUUGCAAUCUCCAGUUGGUAAGCAAGCUGCUAGUUGUAGUGAGGACCAUGUGAAAAAUGUUACUGUGAAAAGUGAGCAUCAGACAGUAAGUGAAGAGGUUGCUAAAGUCUCUGAAUUGCAUACAAGGAAUUCUGUCCCAGGUGAAGAUUCUCAUCCUGAUGGCGCUUCAAGCAGUCAACCACAUGAGUGUGGAAUGGUGAAGUCGGCAUCUGAAAGGUCAGAAUGUGAUAAAUCCAAACCUGACUCUUGUAGAACAACUUCUGUACAGAAUGAAAAAGAUGGGCAGGUUGAUGGCCCACAUUGGAGAGAGAUGGGGUAUCCUUAUGUCAAUAGGAAUGAAAGAUGGGAAAGGUUUAUGCAGGCUGAGAGAGAGAAGAACAAAGGAGAAUUCCAAAGUGGCAGGCAUGGGCCUGAUACAAUGAACCAACGAAGGUUAGACCACCGUUAUGGUGGUCGUGGUGUUGGAUCCCGCGGUCAUCCAAGGAACUUCCGGGGUCCAAGAAUGAAUGAAUCUGAAAUUUACUUUGAUGAUGAACCUAUGAUUGGCAGAAGGCGCCACUUUGAAGAUGAUCAUCACUCGCACCGAAUUCCACAUAGGCGGCUCAUGAGAGAGAUGGACAUUGAUGGUUUCUCUGGAAGAGAUGCUCCAGACCCUAGGCUGCUGGCACAUGGGCAUAUGGAAGAUCUAUCAGAUGACAUGAUGGAGGAGAGAUUUUAUGUACCACAUUCACGUCAUCAUCAUAGACAAGAGGACCUCGCAUUCAUUCAUAGAAACAGGAGCCAUUCACCUGGGCAUAUAAGGGGCGCUCCUAUGCAUUUACAUAGAGGACGGUCACCUGAAGCAAUGGGCAGAUCACCACCAUUAAUCAGAACUGACAGACCAUACUUGCCUCAUCGACGCCACACCCACCACCAUGGCUCACCCUUUGACCGAAUGGAGCGUGAUGACAGAGGCAUGCAAAGAAACACGAGAAGGUGUGGCAUGCAUGGAGGUGCUGAAGGAGAUGCCUUUGAGCCACAUCUACAUCCUGCCCAGCUAGCCGAGCUACAUGCAGAAGCUGAACUUACCGACAGGAGGAAGUUUGGGGAGAGGAGAGGCUAUCUUCGAUCCUUCGAAGCCAGCAUCCCGGCUGGUGGCGACGACGAGAUGCCUCCGUACUGCGCAGACGCCGACAUGGACUUCCCUGAAGCUGGCGCCGGUGGUCCGCGGGAGCUGGACGGCCGCUUCAGGAGCAGAGGGGCGCACAGGGGGAGGGAUGAGCAAGAAGAAGACGACCACAGGUGCCGUGGACCUCAUGGGUGGCGCGAUGGCAGCUCUAAUGGCAUCAGGGCAAAGAGGAGGAGGUACUGAGCACUACUGACCUAGUCACAACAACUGUGACAGCUGCGAAUCCUAUCUAAACUAAUGCAUGGUGGCGUUUUUGGCGGGCUGGUUCAUGCAUCUCUCCCAAUCUGGCGUCGCCGUUUUCCGUUAACCGAACCCUGCAAUAUUUUGCAAGCAUGUCCUGCCCCUCCAUAUAUUUAUGGCUUGUUUCUUUCAUUCUUUCCUCACGGAG